AUGGAAUCGCGGACUCUUCUCAUAACCGGGGUUUCCGGCUAUAUUGGAGGCUCAGUUUUGUCUGCCAUCCUUAGGACCAAAGAAACGUGGGCUGCUAAUCUGAAAAUAUCGGCCUUGGUUCGAUCUGAAUCACAGGCUACAAAAGUCAGGGAGUUGGGUGUAUCUCCAGAACUAUUCUCAAGCUUCGACGAGCUGGAUAGACUGGAAGAGGUUGGUAAAGGCUUCGACAUUAUUAUUCAUGCUGGUGCUGGCUGGCACACUCCGUCUGCGCAAGCCCUGAUUAGGGGACAAGGUGUGCGGCGCGAAACUACGAACGCCGAUGUCCACUAUAUCCAGAUCUCCGGAACCUCAAACUUGAGCGAUCGUCCGUAUACAGAGGGGUAUAUUGAUACCCAUGUCUUCUCUGAUGACGAGGAUAUUUACUCAUAUGAGAAAUAUCGCGAAUCCCGUGAAACAUACUUCCAGCGAACUACCGACAUUGCCGUGAUUGAAGAGAGCGAGGCCUCUGGUGUGACUACUUACAUUCUUCCAACCAUGAUCGCGGAUGCACUUCGUACAGGCAGCUGCAGUGUUGUUUCUGAGGGGGAUACUGUUUGGAACCACGUGCAUAUCGAGGAUCUGGCAGCCCUACACCUGGUCUUACUUCAGCACAUUUUCCGAGGCAUCAAGAUCCCCUCUGGUCGAAAGGGAAUCUAUUUCUGUGAGACUGGAGAGCACUCGCAUCUGGAGUUCUCGGAAUACCUGGCUAAGGCCGGCCAUAAGUUGGGCGUUUUCCCUUCUAGUGAGGUGGCGAAGAUCACUAUCCAGGAAGCAGGCGAGAAAUGGGUUUUUGGCAACACAUCUAGUGCUGAACUUGGCUUUGCGUCAAACUCUCGUACGAAGGCUGUCCUCGCUCGCAAUUUGGGAUGGGCGCCAUCCGAUGCCGAGGAGUGGGAGAGCACGUUCAGCACUGAACUGAAUGAAUUUAUCAAGAAUCCUCCCAGUGGACGAGAGAUCCCUAAGUAUCUGAAGAAAUAG